GCUGACUCCUAUUCCUCCAACUCACCUGGUCCCGGUUGUGGAAUUUUUAACAUUUAUUUAACCAGGUAGGCUAGUUCAGAACAAGUUCUCAUUUACAACUGCGACCAGGGCUACCUGUCAGUCUAAAGACUAGCUGCAUUUUGAAGUAGCAGAUUACCCUAGCCACUUUCUCUCUCGAAUGUAAUUUCCGCUACUGCAUUUCUACAGAGCGAAAGAAAUUGAACCACAGCGCGAGUCUUCCGGUAGUGCCUUGGAGGUGUACAAGGAGAUGCUGUUGCUCUACCUGGAGGAAGGCAGGCGGCUUGUGAACACCAACUGCGAGGAGCUGGAACCAUGGCAGAUCAUUGGAGCUACUCUCAUAUCUACCCUAGGAGCAGUCUGGGUCAAAGGCUUCUUGUUUCAGCAAGAAUCCCUGACAUCCCGACUCAAGAAGCAGUGCUUUCGACUCAUCAGAAAAAUACCCUUUGUUGGCGCGACAAUCCAGACCCAGCUGAAAAAGGCCCUGGCUGACAUGUCUCUCAGUCUUUGCACACUGAAGGAGGGCAUGAGCUACACUAAACAGCUGCCUGAACAAGGGCUUACCCAAGUUCAAGUUCUAGACAGGAUCAGAGAGUAUCAAACACUGAAUGACGUGGAUUGGGAGAAAGGACGAGUUUCAGGCGCAGUGUACUGGGGAGAUCAGACACUUACCAAACUUUUGGUGAAGGUGUAUGGAGACUUUGCAUGGAGCAACCCACUUCACCCAGACAUCUUUCCUGGUGUGAGGAAGAUGGAGGCAGAGAUUGUGAGAAUGGCAUGUACCCUCUUCAACGGUGGGCCCAACUCUUGUGGCACAGUCACCUCCGGAGGAACUGAAAGCAUAUUGAUGGCAUGCAAGGCGUACAGAGACAUGGCCUAUGAGCGUGGUGUGAAACAUCCUGAAAUUAUUGCACCAAUUAGUGUCCAUGCAGCCUUUGACAAAGCAGCUAACUACUUUGGAAUGAAGCUUGUUCAUAUCCCCCUGGACAAGAAGACCUUGAAAGUGGAUGUUAAGGCUAUGAGGAGAGCCAUCAACAAGAACACAGCCAUGCUUGUAUGCUCCGCACCCCAGUUCCCCCAUGGAAUCAUUGAUCCUAUUGAGGAAGUAGGAAAGCUGGCUGUAAAGUACAACCUCCCUCUGCAUGUGGAUGCUUGUUUGGGAGGGUUUCUAAUAGUUUUCAUGGACAAAGCCAAUUACCCACUGGCUCCCUUUGACUUCAGGGUAAAGGGUGUGACCAGCAUCUCUGCAGACACACACAAGUACGGCUUCGCCCCCAAAGGUUCAUCAGUGAUCCUGUAUAGUGACAAGAAGUACAGGCAUUACCAGUACUUUGUGGCUCCAGACUGGCAGGGGGGCAUCUAUGCGUCCCCAUCAGUGGCAGGUUCUCGGCCAGGCGGUAUCAUCGCAGCGUGCUGGGCCACCAUGAUGUACAUGGGAGAGGAUGGCUACAUAAAGACUACUAAGAAGAUCAUUGACACUGCACGAACUAUCAAGACAGAAAUCCGUAAGAUAAACGGAGUGUUUGUGUUUGGAGACCCUGAAGUGUCCGUGGUGGCAAUAGGCUCUGACGUCUUCGACAUUUUCCGUUUAUCCAACGCACUGACGUCAAAGGGUUGGAAUCUCAACACGCUACAGUAUCCAUCCAGCAUCCAUAUCUGUUGUACAGUACUGCACACACAGGAAGGUGUGGCCAAACAGUUCAUCAGUGAGGUCAAAGAGCAGGUGGCUCUCAUUUUGAAGAACCCCAAUGAGAAGACCACUGGAAUGGGAGCAAUCUAUGGCAUGGCCCAGUCCAUCCCUGACAGAUCCAUGGUGACAGAGAUCUCCUGCGGUUUCCUGGACUGCCUCUACAGCACAGAGGAGCCCAGGUCAUCUCAGCCCCAGAAGACCCAUAUAAAUGGCAACAGCAACGGCAAGGCCCACUGAGUAGGUUGGCUGUGGCUUGGACACACACCUGGGUCAUGUUCAUUAGGGCACGCAAUGGAAAGCGUUGUAAAAUGUUUUUUUUGCAUCGGAAAAAGAAAAUAAGUGUUUCUUGUUAGACAAGUUCAAGUAGUCCCUCCCUGUUUGAGUGUGUUUCCUUCCGUUUGGUGCCUAAUGAACACAGCCCUGCUUACCAGCCUGCUUCACCUCUGGUCCACCCAAUGCAUCACUCAACAGUUGCCUUAUCUUGCCCACCUUUUAUCUAUCUCCACACCCUUUUCCAGAUAUCUUCAGAAGCACAAGCCAUUGUUUUUAGCUACCGUGACAUUUAUCAAAUAUGUGGAAAGUGAAAGCACAUAUGUAAAAUAUGUAGAAUAGCAGCUCAAACCAUUCAGAUAAAGUUAUGUAUGGUUUUGUGAUAAAACAUUUUUUUUUUUUUUAAUGUAAUAUAAUUUAGUUUUUUUUAAUUCUAUAGAGCAGUUGACGACGGUUUUAUUCAAGUGGUAAUUUCAAUGUCUGUUCUGUCUCUAGAUUUUCUGUUUCAGUUAGAUGCUAUAAACUCUUUAGUUUACAAUAUCCUGAUAUCUCUCUCACACAAUCGUCUCGUUCUAAAGUGGUGAUUGAAAAUAUUCUAGAUAAAAAAAUGUUUUAAUAGAAAAACAUUUUAGCCUCCAAGUAAUGUUUGGAGAGAGCAAGACCACAAUUGUGAGUCAGGGAGAACCCCUCUACUGCCCCCUACCAGAAAACACAAUUUACUUCUCAAUGCUCAUGUUCCAGGUACUUACGACAGUGAUUUUAAAUCUGUCUCUGUUCGAUUAAUCUACAACAAGUAACAGUUUUCACUGAAAAUCAUUCAUUUUGUAGUGAAAUAAAUAAUGACCCAAUGAACAGUAAUGAAUGAUAGAGGAGCAAACAUAUCUGCAUGGAUUUCUAUGGACAACUAACUUGAGUCAUUUUUAAGACUUGAGCUCCUUUUGAAUUUAACACAUUACCUUCCUUGCCACUUAUUGUACUACAGUGCAUAUAUACAUGUAUUCCUAAUUGUGGUCCGUCUGUGGCUAAUUGCAUCUUUCAGUAAUAAUUCAGGCAGCAGGAAACCCUGGCUGCUGUAGUACACAACCUAGUAUACUGUGCACCGCCAAUAUGUUAAGAAUCUGAGACUUACAAUCCUUUGAUUUGACAACAUAUUCAUUACCCCUUUCUAUUUGAGUCAAUGGUUUAGCCUUGAAUCGAAUGGUUUAACCUAGAAUUGAUCUCAAGGAACAGAAAACAGCUUAUUUCGGCAUCUUUAUAGGCUGUUUUAAGUCUCCAUCAAUUCAGUUCUUGUAGUAAAUUCAUCAACUUAUCUUCUAAUUUUAUCUACCUCAGUUUCUGUUCAAUGCAAUUGUGUUGCUUGUUCACCCAGUAACAUCGUUAUAGGGCUAAAGAAGACAGGAAAAGCAUGUCUCAGUUUUUCAUAUGUAAGGUUUAAACAUUGCAGACUAAACUGUUCUGGCAUGUGAUAAACUGUUCUUAGAAGCAAUGCUACUGGGAUAAAACUGUUUGCAAAAAAAACACCCCUACUGUACACAUGGUAGGCCACCCCAAAAAACCUUUGCUCUUUCCCCUCAAUAUUUUCCAUGUGCUUUCACGUUAGUGUUUGUAGUCAAACUUAAGUACAUAUCAGUUGUUUUCUUUCCAUGUCUGUGUCGUAGAUGUUUUCCCUUUCUGGAGUCAUAAGAAGGGAAAUAGUCUGACAAGAAUGAUGUGAUGACUUUUAGCCUAGUCCUGGUGUAUCAUUCUUAAGCAUUGACUAUGUGACCACUGUUUUUUGUUUGUUUUAUUAAUCACAAAUUGUCUGUCAUUUUUUUAAAUUUUGGUUUUCUUAUCUUCAACCAUUGUGUUUUUAUUUUUGACUGCAGGACAAGCACUAGUUUGGGGGUCAAUUCUGGUCUCUGAGGCCUGCAGUUUCUAGUUUGUUCUUUGAUUGAUUGUCUAGCACCAAUGCUUGAUUAUAUAGCAAGAAUGAAAACCAAUAGACAGGGUGGCCCUCAAAAAGGCACACAGUUGUCAAAGACCUGACAAUGGAUUCAUCCUGUGGUUUCUAUUUUUCAGUGGAGCCGUCAAUGGGGAAACACCCACUAAUAUUUUGUGACAUUUUAAUAGCCAGGAGAUUAUAUUCAAUUGCAAUAGAAACAUGUACAUGUCCUUAUGCAAAUGAUUGUGGUAGUAUUAGUACAUGAGAAAUUGCUGCUUAGUGAUUACCCCACCAUAUAAUCUGUAAAUUGUACAGUGAGAAUCUGUAAACUUUACAAAUGUGCAGUGAAAAUCUGAACGAAGCACCUUGCCCUCUAGGAGGUAUGGUAGAUCAUGCCUUCUGUUAUUGUUGUAUGGGCAUAAUUUUAACAGCAAUAGGCAUUUACCUGUAUGCCUUUAUAGGUUAGAUUGACGAGUGCUAUUGGGUAACGCCAAUGAAUAGAUCUAUAGAGAUACAUAAAGAUUUUUUUAAAGAAUGUAGAUUAUAUUUCUAUGUAUCGAUCAGCCUCAGGGAUUUGGCUUCAUAACAUCAAGUUCAGUAAGGUCCAGUUCUCUUUCAUACUGUACAUGUAAUUGUGUUCAUUAAAUGUUUAAAAAAAAUAUAUAUAUAGUGGCAUGAGUUUGCAGCUAUCUCGUGAGCUGGGCAUAAUUAAAAAUAAUACUAUUCAUCUUUUUAUAUACUGUAUAAAACCCAUUAAAAUAAUGUUGCACACCCCAGGCCUCUGCCUGGGGCUGCUAAAUCACUACAUCCA